AUGGUUGACAGCACCAAGUAUGAAGUGGCUGCACAGCAUGAAGAAGAUGUUCCAUCCUUAUCCAAUGGGCCCAAUUCAGGACCCGAACAGAUAAAACUGAAGAAGGAGAUCUCCCUGGUCAAUGGAGUGUGCCUGAUUGUGGGGAACAUGAUUGGUUCUGGUAUCUUUGUUUCACCCAAAGGUGUCCUCAUGUACAGUUCUUCCUUUGGCCUCUCUCUUGUUAUCUGGGCUGUUGGGGGCCUCUUCUCGGUCUUUGGAGCCCUUUGCUAUGCCGAGCUGGGCACCACCAUCAAGAAGUCUGGGGCUAGUUAUGCUUAUAUCCUCGAGGCCUUUGGGAGCUUCAUGGCCUUCAUCCGACUCUGGACCUCCCUCCUUAUCAUUGAGCCCACCAGCCAGGCCAUCAUUGCCAUCACCUUUGCCAACUACAUGGUGCAACCUUUCUUCCCCAGUUGUUUUGCUCCGUAUGCUGCUGGACGCCUGAUUGCAGCUGCCUGUAUCUGUCUCUUAACCUUCAUUAAUUGUGCUUAUGUCAAGUGGGGAACAUUGGUACAGGACAUUUUCACCUAUGCGAAAGUAGUGGCCCUGAUUGUGGUCAUCAUUGCUGGCAUUGUCAAAAUUGGCCAGGGACAGGCGGCUAACUUUGAGGAUUCAUUUGAGGGGUCUUCGUUUUCAAUGGGAAAUAUUGCUUUGGCACUGUAUUCUGCUCUUUUCUCCUACUCGGGCUGGGACACUCUCAACUAUGUCACCGAGGAGAUCAAGAAUCCUGAAAGGAACUUGCCCCUCUCCAUUGGCAUUUCCAUGCCCAUUGUUACUAUUAUCUACAUUUUAACCAAUGUGGCUUAUUACACUGUGCUGAGCAUGAAGGACAUCUUGGACAGUGAUGCUGUUGCUGUGACAUUUGCUGACAGAAUUUUUGGAAUAUUCAACUGGACAAUUCCCGUGGCUGUUGCCUUAUCCUGUUUUGGGGGUCUCAAUGCCUCCAUUGUAGCUGCUUCCAGGCUUUUUUUUGUGGGCUCGAGAGAAGGCCAUCUCCCUGAUGCUAUCUGCAUGAUUCAUGUUGAGAGAUAUACUCCAGUGCCAUCCCUGCUCUUUAAUGGAGCUAUGGCACUAAUCUACUUGUGUGUGGAGGACAUCUUCCAGCUCAUCAACUACUAUAGCUUCAGCUACUGGUUCUUUGUGGGUCUCUCCAUCGUGGGGCAGCUCUACUUACGUUGGAAGGAGCCUGACCGACACCGGCCCCUCAAGCUCAGUUUGUUCUUCCCCAUCGUCUUCUGCCUUUGUACCAUCUUCCUGGUGGCUGUCCCUCUUUAUAGUGAUACCAUCAAUUCCCUCAUCGGCAUUGGCAUUGCCCUGUCAGGCUUGCCCUUUUACUUCUUCCUCGUCAGAGUGCCAGAGCACAAACGGCCACACUGCCUCCGAAGGAUUGUGGCUUCAGCCACAAGGUAUCUCCAGAUCCUGUGCAUGUCAGUUGCUGCAGAGAUGGAUUUGAAAGAUGGAGAAGAGAUGUCAGAGCAACAGCACAACAAGUCCAACUAAUCCAAAAACCUGACUUUUCCCCUAAUGAGCCAAUGAGGGCAGGAAAUUUCCUUUUUCUACUGGCCAGGGCCAGAGGUUAAGAGGGAUGGAUGGGUUCCUUCCCUGAGGACAAAUUUACUAAGUCCAGACCUGGAGGAACCUUUUGAACUUAUUCUUUAAGAGAGGUGGAGAAUAAUUUAUUGUUUUUUGUUACUUCUUGUUCCAGAUUUUUAAGUGGAAGGUUGGGGGUAGAAAGAAGCAAGCACACUU